AUGCAAAGUGUUGCUCCCAGUCCAUCGACGAAAGAUAGCAUCGUAACCUUGAAACUACUACCUAAUGUCCUUCGAAAUAUCGACACCUCCAAACCCCUAUCAACAAAGAAAAAGACAAGAUCUGUACCUCGCAAGAAUGGUGUCUCUCGACGACAAAAGCUGGGCAGACCUCAAAAAUCCUCAUUAGAACCACUGCGUAAAAAAGUCAGACGCCGUCCAGGCGACGCAGAGAGAAGGCGGAAACUGAAACGCGAAAUUGAGAUAGCUAGAGCGCAUCAAGAGAGUGAGAAGUACUUGAUCAAGAAGAACGCUGCGAAGUGGGCCACGUUCGAACCCGAAGACAAUCCUGAAUUGGACUGGCUAGAGGUCCAAGUAACUCCUAACACAGUUGGAAUUCCUGUCCUUAUUCGGAGGCCACCACACGGACUGCCUGACGCAGCAAUAUCCGGCAUUGCUCGAACACAAUACAUGACACAAGCCGUUGGUCACAAGCUCGGCAUACCUCCACCGAACGCCAAUCUAUCCCCUCUCCUACAUCGGCUCAUCGACGCUGACAGUAUGGAGCGCAUCGAGGCAGCAAUCUCUCGACAGAAGCUUCCUCUACAGCCUGCCACUCCCACUUCUGAAACAUCGUUGAUGAUGCCAACAAUGUAUGGCAAGCUACAAGACCGAGAGAGAGCACAAGUGCAGGCUGUUCUCGAUGCAGGUCAACAGGUCUUCCCAUCUGUCUCACCUCCUCGCUAUGGCGCCCCAAGCUAUGCCAUGCAACCUGUCAGGCCUCCACGAACAGGUCAAUAUGACAUCAACGAUCCAUCCUACCAUCAUGCGGCGAAUAUUCGCGACAACACAUUGGCUCCAAACCCUCUACGCUCUCGCGACCCGAAAGUCCAAGUGGAUCUCUCAAUGGUGGCUCUGAAAAACCUUCAUCAAUACAAUGCCAAUCACAUCGAGCACGAUCUCUUCAUGAGUGGUGGAUUGGCUGCAGACGACUUACCCUACCAAGACUCCGAGGAAAAUCAAACAGCUAUUGCUGCUCUGCAAGAACCGAACGCCAGAAAUUCCGAAUUUAUCAUCAAUGUUGACGACAAAGACUUUAACAACGGAGCGACAAAUGCCAAAGAUACAAGAUGGAUCAUUCGACACCGCACUACUUCACUCUUCCCACCAGUCUGUCUCCUCUCAAGAAUUCGCGAUACAGCAGUGGCAGUGCACAACUCUCGUCGUGGCCGUGCUCGCAUCUGCUCAGUCGUCGCCCAGCACUGCGCUCACGAAGUCAGAUGGCGGGAGGAAUCUCGCGGCCGUUUCAUCGUGGACGACGACUUGAAUGGUGGUUACCAGCAGAACGCUGUGGCAGUGAACCCUCAAGAUAUCCACGUCAGACAUCCCGAUAUGCAUUUUCAAAACAUGGGACCGGAGAACACUAUUCCUCAAGACAUGAAUUAUCAGAACACGAACCAGGAGAAGCUUGGAUACAGAAGACAAGGGAUUUUCAACCCGCAAAUCAAUGCUUAUGAGCUUGAGGAAGAACGACCUGAGGAUCCGAAGUGGCGCACGGCGCAGGAGUGGCGCGAGGUGCUACGCACUGGUGGAAGAGACCUGACCGAGGACGAGAGAUGGAGAUUGGGUUUGAUGAACGAUCAUCACUCUGUGGUUGAUCUGACUGAAGACCAGGUGGAUAUGAUGAUGGAGGGUGAUAGGCCUUGGGAUAUUAGUGCAAUUGGUGGACAUGGUAAGAUGGUGUUUGAUGGUGUUGUCAUGAAUCACAUGGUUGGUGGUGUGAGAGGACAUUUGGUACGGACACCUGAUUGGGAUUGA